AAACCAGAUGUUGUCCAGCCCCUCCUCUUUGCCAUUCAGGUUGGCAUAGCCAGUCUCUUCAAGCACUGGGGCAUCAAACCUGAUGCCAUUCUUGGCCACUCUGUAGGAGAGGUUGCUGCUGCCCACUGCUCUGGUCUGUUGUCCCUUGAGGAUGCAGUGAACGUGAUCUACUUCCGCAGUACUCUGCAGAAUAAGGUCACAGGAGGGAAAAUGCUUGUGGUCAGUAACAUGGUCGUAUCAGAGGUCUUGAACCUCCUUCCCUCCUACUCAAAUAAGGUUUCCUUGGCUGCCUUCAACAGCCCACAGUCCUGCACCCUCUCAGGUGAUGCAGAGGCUAUAGACGGUCUCCAUCGAAAGCUGAGCAGCUCAGUCAAGAGUAAGAAUCUGUUCCUCCGUGUUUUGGAUGUCCCUGCGGCAUACCACAGCCAGAUGAUGGAUCCCAUCCUGUCUCAACUGGAGGACAGUAUUGGCUCUUUACAGGUCAAUGAUGUUGAGACACAAUUGUUCUCCACAGUGACAGGAAAGGAGGUAGAGCAGACUGACUUCAGCACAGGCAAAUACUGGGCCAGGAACUUACGAGAGCCAGUUUCAUUUGAACAGGCAGUGAGAUCAGCAACCAACGAGAAAAAGAAUGUAGUCUUUGUGGAGAUUGGCCCGAGAAGAGCUCUACAAAGAAACAUCCAGGAGACUCUGGGAAAUGACACCAUAGUUCUGUCCUCAGUGCAGCCAGAUAAAGAUCAUGAGACAAUGCUGAAUACUGUGUCCAAACUGUUUGAGUUGGGUGUUCAGGUAGACUGGGAUCAGUUCUACAGAGGCCGUGAGGCUUCACCAACACCUUUCCCAAGGUAUCAGUUUGAUUCUACUCAGAGAGAUGUUAUCAUUGCUGCAUCAAAGGUACAUCAUACAUCAGCUAAUCAUCCUGUGCUAACUCAUACAGCUAGCGAUAGCAAUACCUUCAGUUGUGAUCUGUCUUCUGACUCAGUAUCCUACCUGCAUGAGCAUAAACACAAUGGUGUUGCCAUAAUCCCUGGUGCCUUCUAUACUGAGUUGGGUUUGGCUGCCUUCAUGGCCAGUGCCAAACCAAAGGUUCCACUCAACACACUGCAAGUCAGUAUCAGUUUUCAGAGUCCCUAUGUUUUCACACAGAAUGCACCAGAGAUUAAAGUACAACUUGAACCAGCAGUGGAUGAGACCCAUUUUAAGAUAUAUUCUCCCUCCACAAACCAUGCAUCAGGUACAAUAACGUGCAAGCGAGGACAGCUAGCUGAAGAGCAGAACAUUUUGCUAAGCUCGAUCUACAAAAGAUGCAAUUCAGUGUUGAGUUCUGAAAAGUUCUACACUGAAAUUGCUCUGGGUGGGUUUCAGUAUGGCACUGUUUUCCAGAACACGGGGGAUGUACACUAUGGUGAAGAGUUUAAGGAGGCUUUUUCAGUUGUCACAGUUCCAGAGGAAUUGCUGCCUCAGUUGCAUGAAUACUGCAUUCACCCUGUAGUGUUAGACUUCCUGAUGCAACUUGCUCCUGUUACAGUAGCAUAUAGAUCCUCUUCAAGGCCCGGGUUUCCUGUCAAAAUAGGCAGCUUGACAGUGUUUGAACCCCUGCAAGAGGAAAUGAUUGUGUAUCUGAAAGCAGUUGAUGAAGGUGUUGAUCACUAUGAAGUAUGUGGUUGCUUUACAGACAAAGAGGGAAGGGUUUUGGUAGAGCUUAAGCAUGUGAUGAUUAAAUAUCUUGGGAGCCGCUCUCAUGUUGUUGAAGAAUACUUUUUCCACAAUGACUUCAAUGUUGUCUGUGAGGAUAUCAAUUCCUCUAAUGCCAGUGAGGCACCAAAGGCCUUGGUCUUUUCUGACCAGGUAGAACUUCCAAAAGCCAUGCAACCACACUUAAGUUCACAGUCUAGAUACAUCUCCUUCACACAAUCCAAGGAGGUCUUGAGCCAUGGAUUUCCUACACUCCUGGCAAACCUUAAUAUCACAGAUCUCAACAAACACUUUCAGGAGGUCUUAUUUGUGUGGGGUCGGGAAGAUGUUACGUCACUGAGAACUGAGUAUGUUCUGGAGAAUAUGGUAAGCUGCUGUGAGAUGUUCAGGAAAAUUGUCCUGGCACUGAGGGCCAUGCAAUUUACAAAUUCCAUCAGAGUAAUAACCUACCAGUCAGCAGAGAGCACAGUGGGCCACAUCAGCGCAGGCUUUGUCCUGUCAGGCAUGACUAGAUCGUGUGCUGCAGAAAUGGAAAACCUUUCCUUCCAGCUGAUUGACAUCAACUCUGUCUCUACAGAGGACAUCAGAGCCCUGUCUCAGGUCUUAAAGUCAUACCCUUGCAAAAGAUACCCAGAGUUGGUUGUGAAAGGUGGGCUGAUUUUGAAACCUGAUAUUGUACAUACUCCCAUUGGAAGCAUUGAGAGCACUGGGGGAAGGAUUUUCUCUUCAAUGUCUGAGCCAUGCAUCUUUCAGACAAAUGACCCCUACAGAAUGACUAGCUUGUCUGCUGUUCCCUGUGAUGUUGAGAAUAUAAACAUCCAUGAGAAAUCAGUUGAGAUUCAGCUCAGUAAAAUAUGUGUUCAUUCCUCAGACUACUGUCCUGUCAGUGUCUCUGACCUGAACUAUGGUCAGACAAUGUACUGGAAGAAUCACACAUCUCAGAAGCACCAGCUUCUGGCUCUUGACUUCAGUGGUACUGUCACAGCUGUAGGGAAAAAUGUGAACAAACUGAAAGUGGGAGACCAUGUAGUAUCGUGUUAUCCCAUUGCUGCAUCUUCUAAGAUUGUGAUUCCUGAAGCAGCAUGCUACAAGACAAAGAGGCUCACAUUUCUGAAAGAGGCUCCGUGUGUCUCCUACUUUGUUCUGGUAUGGGAAAUACUGCACAGACUGUUACCUACCAUCAAACAACAGAGAAGGUUGAGCAUCAUCUCCUCUGUUCCUGACUCUAGUCUGCUGAAGGUCCUAAUCCAAACAGCAAACAAAUCAGGAUGGAAGGCCAUUGUAGGGACACCGUGCAAUGGGAUGUUUGUUGAUGCAAUUCUCCUCCUUCCACCAUUUGAUAAAUCUCUGUUGGCAGAAGUCAGCAAUUGUCCUGAUGUCAGACAUGUUGUCAUUGUCUGUGAAUCCCAGUCCCACUGCUUGCUUGAACAGAGGGCUUUCCAGAAUGUUAAGGAUAGUGUUCACAUACAGACUCUUCAGAUGUCCAGCAUCUUACAAAAGGGAUCACUCAUUGCCAAGAGGCCACACAUUUAUCGUUGGCUCAAAUCCAUGAAUUUUGGCAGGAUUUCAUUUUCUCUAGACACCUCUACCUUUCAGAGAAUGUCAUCCGGUAGCAUUGACUUCCUGUCUGUUGAGGAAUCUGAGUCGUACUUCAGCUCAAAGACCCUGUCUGUUGUGGCGCUGGGUAAAGAUGAUUCCAAAGGCACACUGUCCAACAUUCAGUUGCUGCCUAAACCAACCCCGCUUUUCCAGAAGAAGUCUGUGUACAUUGUCACAGGUGGUCUCUCUGGGCUGGGGUUCGAAACAGUGAAGUUCCUUUCGAAGAAAGGUGGAGAGUACAUCGUCAUACUCUCCAGAAGUAGCCCCACACCAGACAUACAGCAGGAGAUAGUCAUUCUGGAGAGACAAUGGAGUGCCCGUAUUGUAUGGAUGGCAUGUGAUGUCUCUGUCUCUGAGCAUGUGCUCAGAGUGAUUGGUCUCAUUGGUCAGAAGUUUCCCUCUUGUCCAAUCAAAGGGGUGUUUCACAGUGCAGUCGUCCUGCAUGAUGGGUUGAUUGAAAACCUUGACAAAUCCCACUUUGAGAAAGUCCUAAAGCCCAAGGUGAAUGGAGCUCUGAAUCUGCACCACGCCACAAAACACUGCAAGUGUUGA